AUGGGUUGUAAAGCCAGGAUAUCUGCAUCUUGUGAUAUUCUAGGAAACUGGAGAAUUAAUACGGUCCAUGUCGAGCACAAUCAUGAAACAAGUCCAUCGAAGUCCAGGUCGUUCCGAUGCAACCGAUACUUGAGUUCAAGUGUGAAAUGGAAGCUUCAAGUGAAUGCUAUGGCAGGAAUUUCAUUGCAUAAAAGCUAUAAUUCUGCAAUUGUAGAAGUAGGAGAAUAUGAGAACAUGACUUGCAUUGACAAAGACUGUCAGAACUAUGUAGAACAAGUGAGGCGAUUAAGACUUGGAGAGGGAGAUACUGCAUACAAGGAGUUCAGCAAUGUGGUCACUUUUGAUGCCACUUAUCUCAUCAAUAAGUAUGAUAUGUCAUUCGCCCCUUUUGUUGGCGUCAAUCACCAUGGACAGCCAACUCUGCUUGGUUGUGGUCUCCUAUCAAAUGAAGACACGAAUACUUUUGUUUGGCUGUUCAGGACGUGGCUUCAGUAUAUGCAUGACAUAGCUCCACAUGGAAUAAUUACUGAUCAAGAUAGGGCUAUAGAAGAAUUUGAAGAUGGGUGGAUUGCAAUGAUUGAUACGUAUGGUUUGCAUGAAAAUGAUUGGCUGUCAAGAUUAUACGAGAAUAGAGAGCGUUGGGUUCUCUAUUUCUUGAAAACCAUUUUUUGGACAGGGAUGUCAACAACGCAAAAAAGUGAGAGCAUGAAUGCCUUCUUCGAUAGGUAUGUGCAUUCUAAGACUUCAUUGAAGCAGUUUGUCGAACAAUAUGAGCAUGCAUUAAGGAAUAAGGUUGAGAAGGAAUUCCAAGCCGAUUUCAAGGAAGUUCAAGAAGAGUUCACGGGAAAGGUAUACGUAUCUACAAUAGAAGGAAGUUCUUAUACGACCUAUGAUGUACAGGAGCAUGCUAUCACAAUGCUGAAUUGCAACGAUGUCACAUACAUUCCGAAUAGAUACAUACUGCGGAGAUGGAGGAGAGAUGUUAUCAGAGCACACACGAGGGUUGCAGUAAACUAUGUCGGGUUAGUUAGUAGUCCCUCACAGUUGAGAUAUGAAGAGAUGUCUAAGGCUUUUGUGGAGCUCGGACCCAUUCACUGUGAGGAUGGUUCAGUAGCUGCGAGCGAAAAUGUAAUGGACCCAAAAUUGGCCCAACGAAAGGGUGUGCCAAAAAAACUUCGAAGAAAAAGCCCGUUGGAGAUGGCCUCAAAUAAAGCGAAGGGGAACGAACAUUCGGCCACCUCACCAAUAUUCCAUGUUGACCCCAACGACAUAUUAGCACGACUCCAUGCCGACACCACUUUCAUUUUCACAACGGUUAAUGCCCACACCAUUAUCUCUUUCACAACAUUUACCGGCAACAAAUUUGAUCCAUGUCCGUCCUCAACAAUCGCUAUGUACAAUCCGCAAGGAGAAGUAAUGCCAUACUACUAUCAAAAAAUUUUGGAUCAAAGUGACAGAGGAAAUUCCCAUUUUCCAAUAGUUGAAGUCUCACCAUCACCAUCUUCAAGAUUUGCAUCGCUUGAUCAAAUUCUGAAAUUGCAUUUUGCAGAUGAAGCAUUUUCGACGCUAAAGCUGGAAUCGCUCUCAACAGCAACUUUGUGA